UGAACUCCGUAGUGCGGGAAAGUGGGUUAUUGUCCCUCGUGAAUAUCCCUUUGUUGAUACUUUCUUCACAUUACCAAGGGAUGAGUGGAGAAUGGACCUGGAUCAGACUCAGGCCAUUGUUCUAGAGGAUUAUCAUGAUGAAACAGAUGAAGAGAAAGACAACAGUGAGAAAAAGCCUGCCUCUUACUUGAAGGUUUUCUGCCAGAAAGGUUUUCCAGAAACAAAAUUUCCACUCUAUGAAGGUGACAAUGUGAUUGGACGAGAGCAGGGUAAAUGCAACAUCUACAUUCCCAUUAAGGCUCUGUCAAAACAACAUGCUUGUAUAGAAAUACGAGGUGAAUCACACCUGAUCUAUGACAAGGGAAGUCGAAACAAAACCAAGUGGGGCAAGCUGUACCUGACACCUGAUGUUAGGUAUGGACUGAGGGAUGGGGAUGAGAUCUGUAUGGCAGACGUCAGGUGUGUGUACCAGCUCUACACUCAGAAUGAGGAACAGUAUGACAGUGGCUCAGAGACUGGCUCUGAGUCGAUGUUUCAAACUGCUACCAUGGCAACCAUUCCAGACGUGCAAGAUGAAGGUCGUCGUAAGUUUUUGGAGGCCACAAAAGAUGAGAUAAAUGAUGAAGAUGAGAGCAGCAAUGCUAGCAGUGACCUCCUACAGCCCACACAGCUAUAUGGAACAGCGUUGGGUGAGAAAGCCCGUAAGGGUCGUCUUAAUGAAGCGGCCACCCUCAUGUUUGCGGAGGACUCCGAUCUCAGCGACAUGGAGAUGUCCACUGUUCAUAAAAAGAAGAAGAAUAUAACAAUUGCCGAGACGCCGGCUGUGACUAGAGCUGCCCCUGCUGAUUUGCCCUCCACAAUGGUGUUUGCAGAAUCUGACUCUGAGGAUGACAGACCUACGCAGGCUCAAACUUUAGUAUUUGAGGAGGAUAAAAAUGAUUUGGAGGAUAAAGAGACGUUUCUGGCUGCUCCAACUCAGGCAUAUGCCCCAGAAAGUGAUGUAGAAGAUGAUGAUGACAGAGACAAGUCUAACUCAUCGCUGCUCGGAGCGCCCACUCAGGCGUAUGGGGCUGAUGUGGGGAGCCCCAUGGAAGGGGACACUACUGCGGAUGGACUCACGCUAGCCUAUGAUGUGACGUUUGAUGAAGCAGAUGCUUCCUCAGCCCUGUCCUCCAAGAAAACUAGAGCAACAAAAGAAGACAAUAUUUCAGAUAGCCUCAUGGCUACACAGGCAUAUGGCCUCGAGGUAGAAACCAAUGCAGGGAAUAUUAACGCUCAUCACAAGCAAUCCCCCAAGAAGGUUGAAGAACUAGAAGCAUCUGAGACAUCAACUCAACCUAUGCAGGAUGCAGAGGAAAGUUUGAGUGUGGAACCAGACCCGGAUUUCUUUGCAGCACCAACAAUGGCAUGUGACCUUGAAGGUGUUACGCCAGAUGUGUCGAAAGUUCCUGGUGACUCAGAAACUGAAUCUGAGGAGAAAUCAACAACAGGGCGUGAUUCAGAGGUGACUCAGGCAUUUGAUACUGUUCCUGUGGAAAAGUCGACAGCAGGGGAAGGUUUGGAGUCAACACAGGCUUUUGAUACUGUCCCUGUGGAAAACUCCACAGAAGGGGAAGGUGCAGAGUCCUCCCAGGCAUUUGAGACGGUCCCUGUUGUCCACGAGUCACCGGGGAAACCAGUAAAAGAUAAGUCACCUGUAAAGUCAACAACAAAUAAAUCUGUGGAACAGACUGUGAUUCUAUCCAGUGGAGAUUGCGCUGAAACAGUGGUAAUGGACAAUGAAGGAGGGGUUGAAACUGAAAGUGGGAAAUUGAAACAGGCAGAUGCCACAGUGCUUAUGAAUGAUGACACAACACAGGUUAUAGAGGACGGUGACUAUGGCCAUGAUGGAAUGACAAACACUGAGAAGGAUUACCCCAUUGACGAUGAUGCUACACAAGUUUUUGCUGAAGAAGAGAAAGUGGAUGUGGAUUCUGGCAAAACAGAUGAGAAACCAGCUCUGGGUGGGUUAGGUUUACCUGAAGUAUUCUCUGAUGAGGUUGUUCCUGACAGCUGUGAAUCAGAAGACAACACCCCGUCUGCCAUACCCCUUCCUGCAACGACCCCACUCAAACCAGCACUGGCCAGUCCCAAGAAAAACAGGACCCCCUCACCCAAGAAGGUGGUGUUUGUUGGUGUGUCACAAUCCUCAAGUGAAUUGUCACAGGAAACAAAAGCAACUUCUGGAGAAAAUGAAAUUAGGGUACAAUCAGAAAGUGAAAGUAAUGAAGUGCCUGUGGUGUCAGUGGUGGAAGCUGAAGACGGGAAGCCCAAACUGCCAGCCAGACGAGGAAGGGGAGGGAAGUCUGCACCCAAACCAGCCAUGAAAGCUGAUAAGGACACAACUAAGCCUGGUAGAGGCAGGAAGAUGAGGAAGAGUGCAGGUGCUUGUGUUAGCAAUGAGGAGAAGAUUGUGGAAGAUGUUCCAAGUGGUCAAGCUGUCUUAGAGGAAACUGGUACAACCUCAGAGCCAGCCCUACCUCCUAGGCGACGUGGAAGACGGGCCAAAAAAUCGAGUAACAUUACACAGGCAGUAAAAACUGAGCAACCUGCUCAAAAUGAGGAGCAAGAGCCCACCACAAGCAUUGCUGUUGUGCAAGCUGUUCAAAGUGAGGAGCAAGUGCCAGCUGAUAAUCAUAGUGAGCAGUCAGAAUCUGUUUUAAAGGACAGUGAGGAAGAUGGAGAUUUCAUGGACAGUAAGAAUCAAACACCUGUCACAAGGAAAAAAGUAGAGAAAGUACAAAGCACACGAAGGAGCAGGCAAAGCACUUGUGGUAGAGUUAAUGUGAACAACAUGUCUCAGACAGAGAGUACAGGUAGCUCAGGUGAGACUCCGGUUGUGAACAAUGAUGGUGGUGAGGAUUUCCAUGCACCUGCCAGGAGAGGCAAAGGUAAGAAACUCCCUGGGAAACUCGCUAGAGCUAAGACUCGUUUGAAAGGUAAUCAGGGUGAACAUAGUACUGACACUGAAAACUCUGCUGGUGAGAAUAAUGGUGCUGAGGUGUUUAAGGAGCCUGCGGCCUCCAGCAGAAGAAGGAGUCGGUCUAAGGCUAGUGAGAGUGAGGAUGAGAAUGCCUCUCAGGUGAGGACUUCAGGAAGGCGGGUGGCAGGUGAGAAUGAGAAUGCCCCUCAGGUGAGGACUUCAGGAAGGAGUGGGCAGGUUGUGAAGGCGGAGCAGGGAUCAGAUGAUGGUGCAGGUGCCGAUUCUGUUAUACACGCAAAAGCUACUAGUUGUGGCGUUAAGGCUCAGCUGAGAAAUUCCAGUGCGGAAAGUGAAGCUGAGGUGUGUGAGCCACAGGGGAAGAGAAGCAGAGGCAAGGGCUCCACAGGGGAUAAGGAAACAGAGGCGACUGGGGAGGCCACACCUAUGAGAACAGAUAGAUGGGGACAUGCCAGCACACAGCCCUCGCAGUCCUCCCAGUCCAGGAGGUCCAGGAAAGCUGAGGUAACCACGAAAUCUGAGGCACCUACAGACGAAGACUCAGCAGAAAAGGAAGAGAAAGCAACAGUGGAGAUGACGACAACGACAUCAAGACGAGGACGUGCUAGCACACAGCUGGCUCAGUCCAGGAGAUGCAGGACAAGUGAGGUGACCGUGAAAUCUGAGGCACCUACAGACGAAGACUCGGCAGAAAAGGAAGAGAAAGCAACAGUGGAGAUGACGACAACGACAUCAAGACGAGGACGUGCUAGCACACAGCUGGCUCAGUCCAGGAGAUGCAGGACAAGUGAGGUGACCGAGAAAUCUGAGGCACCUACAGACGAAGACUCAGCAGAAAAGGAAGAGAAAGCAACAGUGGAGAUGACGACAACGACAUCAAGACGAGGACGUGCUAGCACACAGCUGGCUCGGUCCAGGAGAUGCAGGACAAGUGAGGUGACCGAGAAAUCUGAGGCACCUACAGACGAAGACUCAGCAAAAAAGGAAGAGAAAGCAACAGUGGAGAUGACGACAACGACAUCAAGACGAGGACGUGCUAGCACACAGCCGGCUCGGUCCAGGAGAUGCAGGACAAGUGAGGUGACCGAGAAAUCUGAGGCACCUUCAGACGAAGACACAGCAGAGAAGCAGGGGGAACCAACAGCUAAGACAACAUCAAGACGAGGACGUGCUAGCACACAGCCGGCUCGGUCCAGGAGAUGCAGGACAAGUGAGGUGACUGAGAAAUCUGAGGCACCUAUCGUUGAGGAGAAGUCAACUGUGGAGACGACAAGACGGGGCAGUAAGAAGGAUACAGAAGCAGAACUUACCAGUAUGAGGCCUCCUGCUCAACGGCCAACACAGAGGCUGGCCUCUACAGAAAACAGUGAUACUACUCAAGCUGAAGGAGACAGUGAAACCUCAAGCAGGAAGGGACGCAGGUCAGCAGUUAAGUCUACCCCUACCAACGCCAAACAUCGUAAAUUAUCAUCGUCAUCAUCGUUAACCUCCAGUCCUGAUGACCCAGUCACGGAUAUGGCCAGCCCACGGAGCUCUCGCCGCAAGUCUGUGGGUCCCAAACCCAAGGUGGCCUUCACAGGAGUGGUGGAUGAACACGGGCAAAAGAUCACUAAGGACUUGGGAGGAGAGCUUGUUAGCAGUGUGUAUGAAUGCACCCACUUGGUCACUGACAAGGUACGAAGGACUGUAAAGUUUCUGUGUUGCCUGGCCAGGGGUCUACCGAUCGUUCUACCACAGUGGCUUGAUUGCUGUAAGGAUGCUGGUGUCUUCAUUGAUCCAAGUGACUAUAUCAUACAGGACAAGACCAGUGAGAAGCAGUACAAGUUCAGUCUGCGCAGCUCCAUACAGAAGGCCAGUGAAGCAUGUCUGUUGUCAGGCUUCAGAGUCCAUGUGACCAAGUCUGUCAGGCCAGACCCUCCUCAGAUGAGAGAUAUCAUUCAGUGUGCUGGUGCUGAGUAUUUGGGGAAAAUGCCCAAUGAGCCAGGAGAACAUGUGGUGGUGGUAUCAUGUGAGGAGGACAAGGGGGUGUGUCAGUCAGCGCUGGAGGCCGGCGUCACUGUGGUCUCCUCUGAGUUUCUCUUCACAGGAAUUCUCAAGCAGGAAAUCCUCAUAGACAAUUUCAGAUUAUUUGAGGAAAAAGGUCAACGGAAAAAGAGAUUGUCAACGCAGCCAGGCGGAGCAACGAUGACCAAAAAAACGCAGGAAAUAAGACUCAUAGUGUUCUACAUUGUUCAAAAUCCAAAUUCCAUUCAGAUGUUAAGAUAAACGCCUUAAGAGUUUACUAAACUUGUACCUAAACUUUAGGUACAUGUGCACGUUGACUUUUAAUACCUGUAUCAAUAUGUGCAGUCUUGUGAUGGUCUUUAGAUUCAGCCUUUAGCUACUAGAGGCUUAGUCAUCACACAUUAAUAUCAGAGUGUAUGCUCUUAUGUACUAGAGGCUUAAUCAUCACACAUUAAUAUCAGAGUGUAUGCUCUUACGUACUAGAGGCUUAAUCAUCAGACAUUAAUAUCAGAGUGUAUGCUCUUAUGUACUAGAGGCUUAGUCAUCACACAUUAAUAUCAGAGUGUAUGAUCUUAUGUACUAGAGGCUUAGUCAUCACACAUUAAUAUCAGAGUGUAUGCUCUUAUGUACUAGAGGCUUAGUCAUCACACAUUAAUAUCAGAGUGUAUGCUCUUAUGUACUAGAGGCUUAGUCAUCACACAUUAAUAUCAGAGUGUAUGCUCUUAUGUACUAGAGGCUUAGUCAUCACACAUUAAUAUCAGAGUGUAUGAUCUUAUGUACUAGAGGCUUAGUCAUCAGACAUUAAUAUCAGAGUGUAUGCUCUUAUGUACUAGAGGCUUAGUCAUCACACAUUAAUAUCAGAGUGUAUGAUCUUAUGUACUAGAGGCUUAGUCAUCAGACAUUAAUAUCAGAGUUUAUGCUCUUAUGUACUAGAGGCUUAGUCAUCACACAUUAAUAUCAGAGUGUAUGCUCUUAUGUACUAGAGGCUUAGUCAUCACACAUUAAUAUCAGGGUGUAUGCUCUUAUGUACUAGAGGCUUAGUCAUCACACAUUAAUAUCAGAGUGUAUGCUCUUAUGUACUAGAGGCUUAAUCAUCAGACAUUAAUAUCAGGGUGUAUGCUCUUAUGUACUAGAGGCUUAAUCAUCACACAUUAAUAUCAGGGUGUAUGCUCUUAUGUACUAGAGGCUUAGUCAUCACACAUUAAUAUCAGAGUGUAUGCUCUUAUGUACUAGAGGCUUAAUCAUCAGACAUUAAUAUCAGGGUGUAUGCUCUUAUGUACUAGAGGCUUAGUCAUCAGACAUUAAUAUCAGGGUGUAUGCUCUUAUGUACUAGAGGCUUAAUCAUCAGACAUUAAUAUCAGGGUGUAUGCUCUUAUGUACUAGAGGGCUUAGUCAUCAGACAUUAAUAUCAGGGUGUAUGCUCUUAUGUACUAAAGGAUUAAUCAACAGAAACAUUUCUCUUGACAUAAGCCUACAGAGGUCUGUUUCACAGGACCAAUGGGACAGUUUUAUGAGAGUGAGCUUUGCUAUGAAUAACACAAAUCUCUUAUGUGAUGCAUAGUCAGACCUUUGUGUCAUUUUAGCAUUUUUUCCAUUGUAUUGGUUACAACUGAACAUAGUUUUAUGCAUUUUUAUCUGCAUGUUUCUUCACUGAUUGGUAGAUUCUAUUGAAUAUGAGUGAACAGAAUGUAUGUCAUGCAAUCAAAGUUUUAGCAGGUUUCAUAAAAAUGUUAAAAUUGGUGUCAGCAGUAGUAAUAUGAAAAUAAUUUUUUGUUACACUUUUUAGACAUUAUGUAAUUCUGUCUUUAAAAUGCUACUUCAGUCCUAAGAGGUGCCAAUUUGAAAUAUUAAAUUGAUAUGAAGGAUACCAUAUGGAAUAUAGCUAGCACAACAGUUCAAAAAAAAUUUACCUUGAAUAAUGCUAUUUAACCCCUGCAAGUGAAGAGUUCUGAGAAACAAGAAAUCCUCGGUAGUUUCUGUAAAAUGUUCCUGAUGUGACUUAGUGAUAUUCCUUAUAUGACAAUGAACCAGGCUGAUAUGAUGUUGUGUUAGGCAGUUACACUGGAAUGACCUAUAUCACCCUGGGUUAUAAACUCUUCCUUAGACCUGUAUGUUAAAAGACAUGAAAAUUCUAAAAUGCACCAUUUAAAAUGUCAUAUUGUUAAUCUGGUGCAAGAUGCUGACAUUGUUUAAGAAUUGUAAUUGUUUAUCUGUUAGUUCAGAUGGCUAAAGGUUAAGCAGACCAUGUAGUAAAGCUUGUAGGAGUUGGUGCAUGGUCAUAUAUUUAAUGCUGAUUGUUGCAACUAUACAUCAACUUGUAUAUCACAUACAGUCUGUGAUGAAAUAAAAAUUACAA